UACAGCAAAGAUAUCAAAUUGAAAUGAAAAAGAAAAAUGGUAUAUUGGAAAAAAUUGGGGAAAUAUAUAGUUGUUAUUGUGAUAUAUUGAGCAAGAGAAAUACUAAAGAUAAUGCUCGGCAAAUGUGGCAACGGCUGGUGCACAAUCACCGAAAUAGUGGGCCCAGCAUGGAUGUGAAAUAUGUAGGUUGGCCUACCAAUGUGCAGUCUGGUGUUGGCCGUUUUCUGUACAAUAUUUUGAUGCGUGACAUUAAAAUAGAUGCUCAUAUUAUGCGUCAAAAAAACAAAAGCAAACAACAGAAUCUUUUACCCGCCUUCUAUACACUUUUCCGAAACCAAGGACGCUUAGUAAAAGAAGAAGUUAAACCUCUUCCUGUUUUAGCGAAAUUGUUGCGCAUGUCACGCCAGAAAACACUAACAUUUGAUUCGAGUCUGGUACCAAUGCUAUGCCCACCACAACCUUGGAGUACACCCAAUAAUGGAGGCUAUUUACUCAAUAAAUCAGAACUGAUACGUUUGCCUCAACAGGCCAUUCAGCAAUGGAAUCGCAUAAAUUCAAGCAGCCAACAGCAAAUUUAUCCUGCUCUUGAUUCUCUGAAUCAACUCUCUAGUGUACCAUGGCGCGUAAACACAGAGGUAAGUGAGAUAUCAAUUCAAUACUGAUCAACAAACUACUUACUAAGGUAUCCUUUUCUCGAAG